UCGGGCGUCAACGAAAGGGGCAUGUCCGAACGUCUUGACUGACAUAUAGAGCACUAGAGAGGAUAAGUGUCUUGUUCUGUCUGCCUGGGACAUUCAUGGGGCUUUAAAUUUCUCACCGGGACACAGAGCCACCCAGGGAGGUUAGUGCGGUUUUGCUGUCUCCAUGAGCUCCAGGUGAGAAGAGAGUGAGCAGAGCUUCUGUGAACUGCACUGAAAUUCAAUUUGCAGUGACAUGAUCAUCACAUUACCUCAUAACGGUGUGAUUCUGUAGUACACUGUGUAUCCAUACACACACAUCGUAGGAUUGGUGUUUAUGUCAAAGCUAUCUGGAGUAUCUGCAGUCGGCAAAAACAGAUCCAGGUGCAUGGUUCUCAUUGCUAUUGAAGACAAAUUUUGUCUUAGUCGUGAGCUUGCCCUGCCAUAUAGGAAUAAUGACCGUUGCCAAUGCCAAGUCUGGCACAGCCAUGCAGCAGGUGCUGGAUAACCUCAAGGAGCUGCCGCCUUCAACAGGAGCCAAAGACAUCGACCUCAUCUUCCUCCGUGGCAUUAUGGAGAGUCCCAUAGUUCGUUCCCUCGCUAAGGCACACGAGCGAUUGGAGGACGUUAAGCUGGAGGCAGUGCAAAGUAAUAACGUGGAGCUAGUGAGCGAGAUCCUGUCUGAUAUGAACAGUCUGAUCAGUCAUGAUGAAUGUGCUGCAGAACUCUGUAAGAUCCUGAAGGAACCGCACUUCCAGUCCCUGUUAGAAGCUCACGACAAGGUGGCCUCUAAGUCAUAUGAAGCUCCUCCCACCAGCACCAAUUCCACAAGCAUGACCAGCUCAUCCCUCAUGCCGGCUGACACGGUUCGCAUGAUCAGCAUCCAGAAGAAGGCCGGAGAGCCUCUGGGUGUAACAUUCCGGGUGGAGGAGGGCGACCUUGUCAUCGCGCGUGUUAUGCAUGGCAGCAUGAUUGACAGGCAGGGGAUGCUGCACGCAGGUGAUGUCAUCCGAGAGGUGAACGGCCGAGAGGUGGGCAAAGACCCCAUGGCGUUACAGCACAUGCUGAGGGACUGCAAUGGAACCAUCACUCUCAAAAUCCUGCCCAGCUACAGGGACACACCUCCACCCGCACAGGUGUAUUUGAAGCCACAUUUCAACUACAAUCCUGACACGGAUAACCUGAUCCCUUGUAAAGAGGCGGGUUUGGCUUUCUCUAAAGGAGACAUUCUGCAUAUAGUGAACAAGGAGGACCCCAACUGGUGGCAAGCAUGUAACAUAAAUGGAGGCCGCACUGGCCUGAUCCCCAGUCAGUUUCUUGAGGAAAAGAGGAAGGCGUUUGUUAGGAGAGACCUGGAUGGUUCAGGAAUCCUCUGUGGGACAUUAACUGGAAAAAAGAAGAAAAAGAAAAUGAUGUACUUAACAGCAAAAAAUGCAGAAUUUGAUCGGCAUGAAUUACAGAUCUAUGAGGAAGUAGCAAAGAUGCCUCCAUUCCAGAGAAAAACUCUUGUGCUGAUUGGUGCACAAGGUGUAGGCCGCCGAAGCCUCAAGAACCGUCUGAUUGUGUUAAACCCACUGCGAUAUGGAACUACUGUACCUUUCACUUCCCGGCGUCCACGGGAUGAUGAAAAGGACGUCCAGUCGUACUGCUUUGUUUCCCGAGAGGAAAUGGAGAUGGACAUCAAGGCAAGUCGCUACCUUGAGCACGGAGAAUAUGACGGAAAUCUGUAUGGAACCAAAAUUGACUCUAUCCAUGAAGUCGUACGCACAGGACGUACUUGUAUACUGGACGUCAACCCACAGGCGCUAAAGGUACUGAAGACAUCAGAGUUUAUGCCAUUCGUGGUUUUCAUCGCUGCCCCAGAGCUCGAUACACUACGGGCCAUGCACAAAGCUGUGGUGGAUGCUGGGAUCACAACCAAGCUACUGACGGAAACGGACCUAAAGAAAACAGUGGACGAAAGCGCCAGGAUCAAGCGGGCGUACAAUCACUACUUUGAUCUGACUAUAGUUAAUGACAAUCUGGACAAGGCCUUUGAGAAACUGCAGGAAGCUGUGGAGCAGCUGGCCACACAACCACAAUGGGUCCCUUUGAACUGGGUUUACUGAGACAUACAGCCCAUCAUCAUCAUCAUCACCAUCACCUUCAUCAUCAUCAUCAUCAUCAUCAUCAUCAUCAUCAUCAUCAUCAGCGGCGGCGGCGGCACAGAACACAAGUUCACACUGAACGGACCCACCAGUCACUAUGCAAAUGUACACUAGCUAUCCAGUCAGGACAGACAUAAGGGAAGUGUACUUAUUUAUUAACGUGUUUUAUGUUCUACUGACUAAACGUACUUUAAAGAAUGUAACUUGGAGGGACAGAAACAAAUAGGAAUUUUUGAAUGACUUGUAUGGAAAAUUAUCAUUAUCAUAAUGACAGGUAUAAGCUGUAUUACAGUAUUGAAAGCAGGAGUCUGUUUUCUUGCUGUAAUUUUAGUGUUACUAACAUUGGUUUACAGUGCAGGAUUCAUCUCGCAUCUCUUCAUCUUUCUGAACUGUGAUGUCAUAUAGUUCAGUCACUACAGUAUGUCAAAUAAUAUAGUUUAUCCAGCUAUUGACUUGUUAAGACCGUCAUUAGGGUCAUCCUUUUAGGCUUGAUUUUAUUUUAGUUAAAUUCAAGGAAUGCUAGGAAUAAGCCAAUUUUAACCUUUUAUAAAUAUGGGUGCACUUUAUU